AUGUCCGCCGAGUCGGACAUGACAGCCUCACCCCGGCAGUCUAGUUCACCUGCCUCUGCUGAAGCGCAGGAAGCACGAGACGUGCCCAUUACGUAUUUCGCUUCACCAGACGCCAGCCGAAUCUCCUUUGUGGCUCCCGAAGGCUACACCGGUGUCCAUCACGUCAGCGGUGCGUUUUACCCCCCCGGAAGGUCAGGAACAGUUCCAGCUCCAGUAGUACGUGGAUCGGUCUUGCUUGGCGCGCACAACAUGCAGUUAAGUCAGCAAGGCGCGGAGACAGGGCUCGGCUCUCCCCGGAGAGUCGUGAGCGGUGCCCAGGUAUCUGCUCGUGGCCUGUCCAGUGCCGGAGGCGUCACGUUAUUGCAUCAGCAGACGUCUCCCGCGAUCCCGUCAGCGUUCUGCUUAGACAUGCGCAGCCCCGGGCGCGCAGCGAAUUUCAGUGAACUUUCGGGUGCCCCUCGCACCGGUUCUGGGCACGAUACGUCGCUGAAGGAUGCCCUCCGUAAGAAACUGGCGUCUGGUGUUGUAGGGAAAACCAGCUUGGAAACGCCACUGGUCAGUGGGACUCCACGGACGCCGAAGACGGUAUCAAAGCUCCAAUACGUGUCGUCCUCCCCGAGGUGGAGAGAAUCUUCGAAUCCGGCUCCACUGUCGUCGUACUACGUUGCUGGGAAGCAGGUCGAGGGCACACGUCAGGCCUCAGCGACGCCUCGUGUUCUGUCCUGCAAUCAGGUGAAUGUGGUUGGCGGCCAACAGGCGGGUGUGCCUCCGCUUCCAAGAGAGCUGCUUGCAAAUAAAUCUCAAGGCGAGAAACGCUACUUGGAGGAGCUGAACGUGGUAGAUCAUGCCGGCGCUGUGAGCACCAGCAAAAUGCCCCAUGUCCCCCUGCCUCUCCUUGAGCAGACACAGCUCCACCACAGACCUGAAAGCCGCCCCCCCUCUCCAAACGGCCGGUGGAGGUCUAUGUUUCCUCUUGUUCGUGUCCGUAGUCGCCGUGGCGGAUCAUGUGAAAUCACCUCUUCGGAUUUCAAGCGUUUCCUGACCCGUCUUCAAGCAGCUGCUUCCGGGUACUAUGACGACAUGAAGCGCCUUGUGCAGGGACCCUUCGACCUUAUUCCUGUCGAGUGGGGCACUGGCUCAGGACAAGCCGCUUACUACCAAACGGCUGCUGCACCGCACUGCCCGCAGUGCGGCUAUCAGACCGUGCUCACGCUCCACGGAAUGCCUGAAGCUGGGGCAUUUGCGCUUUCGGCUCCACCCUCAAUGCUUGGUGUGCCUGCCAAAGAAGGCUGCGCGGACCGAUUGGCUCGCUGGCACUGCUCGCUGUGCGGAGAUGUUGCCGCAGCAGUUGAUGAAGAGCUUUUAGGUUUUGCCGGCAGUGGUCCAUGCGGCGAGGCUGGCGAUCGCGUGGAUCAGUUCGUUGCAGAAGGCAUCCACGGUCUGGCUGAAUACCUCAAGCACUCGUGCUUUGCCUUGCCGCGUGUCCCCCAACGAGUUGUGGAAGGCUAUCCUCUCUACGAGCCUGACCCUUCGCUCAGCAGGAAAGAGCGCCCCACCAGCCUCACAGGCAACAUGUGCGUCGACCAGCUGAACGCGUUUCUUGAUGCCUGCUUGGUGGAGCCGCACAAGAUGAAGGAAUUGCCGUCGCCGCCCCCGAUCCCCGACACACAGCAGACAGGCAACUGGUUCAUCGAUGCUACAAACGCCAUUUUGGAUCGCUGUCAUGAUCAGUUUACUCCCCCGUUGCCGCCUCCGCCUGAGCCAAAGCCACUUUGCCCGCCGCUCGAGAUGCUUAUUCCUCCGUGCUGCAAGCCCGUUGAGCUGCCGCCAGCGCCGCCCCCCCGUACACAGGUCUGCCCGCUCUUGAGCAUCUGCCAGCCUCGCGCCAAGGAGUGCCCUCACUGCCAUCAACCCAUUGGCAUGAAGCAACAACUAGGUGGCACAUGCCCGGCUGACAAACCGCGAGAGCGAGGCAGCAUCGAAUGCUGUCUGAUGGGAGAGAGUCACUUUGUUGACGAGCCAGAGCCGACUCGCACGUACGGCCACGCCCCCAUGGGCCAGCAGCAGCGAUACGUCGAGGUCCCGCGUCUUGUCAUUCCCGCCGAUGCCGCGGUUUCUGAGACUGCCCCGAAGGUGGUGCCUGUCUCCCCUGCUCGCUACCGAACAGCCGGUAUCCCGAAAGUCUACACAUACGAGGCGGCUCCAGAAGCCUGGACCGAGCCGAUCCCUCGGCAGGUCGCGUUGAAAUACUAG